AGUUUUCACUUACUAUAAUAAUAAAUACUCACUCAUCAUUUCUCUCUCUCUCUCUCUCUCUCUCUCUUUCUGGAUUUUAUUGGAAAGUUGAAAUUUUGAGUACCAAAAUUUCAAAAUCAAAUGUCGGCUUCGACCGUCUCUAUAACGGCGAACCCGGCGGCUCGACGCCGUCCUGUGGUGGUGUCGGAAAAAACUACCAACAUCGAAUUGCUCGGCACCACCGCCACAAACGAAGCCACUCCGCCGCAAGCCACGGCCGUCGAAAAGCACUCCAAAGAUCUAAGCCACCACUCCAUUCGCGGCGGCGAGAAGGACCUGGCGAAGAAAUCGUCGUCCGUAGCGCCGAACAACCCGAACGUGACCGUUCGUCGGGGUCGGACCAAGGUUGGCGCGACCCGACCCGAACAGGUACAGUCGCGAUGGGUUACGAUUGCUCGAAUUUUGGCUAAGAACUUGGUUCUCUUCGUUGUGCUCGCCGGGUUGGCUCAACUCGUUUACCGACUCGCUUUGAAGCCGAAUCUCGAUGAAAGCGGGAACGGAAACGCGUUUGUUAGAACGCACAUGGAAUUCGAGGGACGGAUCGCUGAAAUGGAAGCGUUUCUCAAAAAGACGGCGAAGAUGAUGCAAGUUCAAGUCGAAGUUGUUGAUCGGAAAAUCGACAACGAGAUCGGAGGGUUAAAGAAAGAAAUCGCAGAGAAAAUUGAAGACAGAAGCGGAAUUUUGAAAGAAUUGGAAGCGAAGAGUGAGAAUUUAGAGAAAUCUGUAUCAGAAUUGAAGUCGAAGUCAGUGGAAUGGUUAUCGAAGGAGGAAUUCGAGAAGAUAUAUGAGGACUUGAAAACAGCGAGGAGUAAAGAGUAUGGAGGCGAUGGUGAAGGGAGUUUGGAUGAGAUAAGAGCGUAUGCAAGGGAAAUGAUCGAGAGAGAGAUAGAGAAACACGCGGCGGAUGGGUUAGGCUGUGUGGAUUAUGCACUGGCGACGGGAGGAGGGUCGGUGGUGAAGCAUUCGGAGCCGUUUUCUGCUGGGAAAGGAGGGAAUUGGUUCUUGAAAGGUGGUAGAAGUAUGGUUCCUAACAAUGCGGAUAAGAUGUUGAGACCGAGUUUUGGAGAGCCUGGGCAGUGCUUUGCGUUGAGUGGUAGCAGUGGUUUCGUGCAGAUUAAGCUGCGGACGGGUAUUGUUCCUGAGGCUGUUACUUUGGAGCAUGUUGCUCAGAGUGUUGCAUAUGACAGAUCCAGUGCUCCAAAGGACUGCAGGGUCUCUGGAUGGCUGCAAGGGCAUAAUAUGGACAUGGCAGUUGAAACUGAGCAGAUGUUUCUUUUAACCGAGUUUACUUAUGACCUUGAAAAGAGCAAUGCUCAAACCUUCAAUGUGUUGGACUCAGCGGGCUCUGGCAUUGUUGACACAGUUAGGCUUGACUUCACAUCCAACCACGGAAGCCCUUCCCAUACAUGCGUCUAUCGCUUCAGGGUGCAUGGUCGGGAGCCUGACUCUCUUUCUACGAUGGCAAUGUAGGCUGCAUCUCUGUCACUUUUCUUGUACUUGUUUCUACUUUCUUUAUUCUUUAUUUAGAUCUAGCGUUGAGACUUCUAACUUUCUAGUUACUAGAUAUAGACGUCCAGUCACCUGUUUAAAGUUCACUAUUCCAUCAUGUUAGUGUUCAUCAAAUAGAUGUGUAUUUCAUUUUGUGCUUGCUUUCUAGUUAUGAAGGAGCUUAAUUGACCUUACAAUGUUAAGGUGAACUAAAAACCGUUUUAAUGGGACAGUGAACAUCUAAUUUGAUUGUAGACAAAUGUAGAGUGAAUGUAAGUUUGUUACAUUUGUGUCAACAUUUUCUCUCUUGUGCCCAUAUGAUGGAGUAAAUGAGUGCUCAAUGGCUUGCUUGCUUCUGGCUGAAAAGGUAAAAGAAAUGAAAAACUAGCGGCUUCCACUUCCCAUCACAUGGCGGUUUGAUCUCAUUGCUGAUCGAAUGGCAGAGGAGGUCAGGUUCCAAAGAAAAACUAGCCACUUCCACUUUUCAAUUUUCAAUUUUGGAAAGAUCCAAAAGGCCGGGUCAUCAUGAACUCUACUACGGAUGGUGCCUUCUGUCAUUUGGGGAUAGCCAUCAGUGACAAAUAGAACCAGAACUUUCAUCUUUCAUAAUUUGAAGUAUUGUAAGCUCAAUUUUCAUUGGUUUUGUUGAAUUUAAUAGUUUUGUAAAAUUAGGAUUUAUACUGAAUUUGUUUUGAGGAUUUUGUUGUUUUGAAUACAAUUGGAGCUUUUAGUAUGUAACUGAGACUUGGAAUUGAAGAUUGGUAACCUCAUCUUGGUUCGAAA